AUGGCACUGAUUUCUGGCUUAUACUGCCAUGAGUAUCCCCGGGACAUGGAAACUCUGGGCAGUAAUGAGUUUGUUGGUAAGCAUUUUGGUGUUGGGACAACAAUAAGAUAUGAUGAUGUCCAAGCAAAACUUUUAUCGAUGAAGAGAGCUUCUCCAGAUCGAGUGAAGAUGGCGGUCCUCUACUUCUUGUGUAGUGUGAUCAUAGGGAAGAAGAAGGCAGGGAAAAAAGCACCAUCCGUAGAGCCAUUCUUUGUUAGGGCUAUUGAUGAUUUGGACAUGUGUAAAACGUUCCCUUGGGGUCGUUUGGCUUUUGAUGAGAACAUGAAGGACAUCUUUCAUUGUAUGAACCACUUUGGUGGAGUUUUGAGCACAAACCAAUGGGUCUUUUCUAGUUUCGUCAUUCCGUUGGAGGUUCUUGCUUUUGAGGCAAUUCCUGUUCUUAAGGAAUAUUGCCGAGAAGAUGAUAUUGAAAGUAUUUUGACUCCAUCAUCACGUGAGAAACGUCUUUUAGGUCGUGUCAUGGAUGAAGAGAGUCCCUAUAAUGAUGUAAAUGAUCCCGUUGUUGAUGGUUGGACCAAGUGUUUAAUUGAUGAAGAGAAGUCAAUAUGUUUUGAAGAGCUUUACAACCAAGAUUUGGCCACCCGGGAGAAUCCAGAAGAUGUGGAUCCGGAAGAUGUGAAUCCGGAAGAUGUGAAUCCGGAAGAUGUGAAUCCGGAAGCUGUGAAUCCGGAACCUGUGAAUCUGGAAAAUGUGAGUUUGGAAAUUGUGAACCCUGUGGCUCCGGUGAAUUUGGCUCAGCUAGGAGCUAGAUUGGUUCAGGUAGAAGAACAAGUGAAGCAAGGGUUUAAGGAAAUUAUUGAGAAGGUUGAUAGUCUGGAUAACAGAGUUAAAUCUGUGAAAUCAUAUGUGAGAUGGGCCUCAGGUGAAAAUGAAUAUUAUACGAAUGAAGGUGUUGGAGAUACGAAUGAAGGUAUGAAUGAAGGUGGCAAUGGAGAUAUGAAUGAAGCUGAGAUGGAGGAGGCUGAGAAGGAGCAUGCUGAGAAGGAGCAGGUUGAGAAGGAUAAGGUUGAGAGGGAGCAGGCUGAGAAAGAGCAGGUUGAGAAGGAUAAGUUGAAGAAGAGAAAGAACAACUAG